CAGCGCAUCCAUCGGCCGGUGGUGGUGGUGGCCAUCGUGGGGCUCUACCGGACGGGGAAGUCCUACCUGAUGAACCGCUUGGCCGGGAGGGGUGCCAGAGGCUUCUCCCUGGGGGCCACGGUGCAGGCCAACACCAAGGGCAUCUGGAUGUGGUGCCUCCCCCACCCGCUGAGGGCUGACCAGGCGCUGGUGCUGCUGGACACGGAGGGCCUGGGGGACGUGGAGAAGAGCAACACCGAGAACGACUCCUGGAUCUUCGCCCUCUCCGUCCUACUGAGCAGCACCUUUGUCUACAACAGCAUGGGCACCAUCAACCACUAUGCACUGGAGCAGAUGCACUUUGUGACAGAAUUAUCACGGCACAUCAAGAUGAAGGCCUCGGACAGGGAGAGUCACGACCUGGCCAGCGCCUUCCCCGCCUUCGUUUGGACCGUGCGCGACUUCACUCUGCAGCUGUGCCUGGAGGACGGGACCCCCAUCACGGAGGACCAGUACCUGGAGCGGGCACUGGAGAGGAGGGCAG